ACGAACGGUGAGGUGAGCGAAUGCUCCGGGAGCGAGAGUCGUCCGCCAGGAAGACAAAAAACUUUUCUACUGGAUUGGCGAGCCCGCACACUCAUACAGCUACGAGCUGAAGAAGGCACAGCCAAACUGAAAAGCGGGUUGUUGUUGGUGGAUUGUUCUAAGGACGAUGAAGUGAGAUGCGGCGCGCUCGUUGCCCGUUCGAAAGGGUGUUUCGUGCGAGAUGGAAGAGGAUGACUAUAGUUGCAAGGAACCGGAAUGUCUCGCUGGUGUGGUCGUGAUACCUGCUGGUUUUCGGCUGGGAUGUGUUUGUGAGACGGCAAUUCUUCUCCGGUGCCUUUCAUUGAAAAGUUAUGAGGUAUGGUUUGUUUUUCUACUUAGUUAGAUAUAAACAUUCGUAAGGAGUACAUGUGCACAGCGGAUUAACAUUAAUUAUAAUUUUUAUUGUUGUUUGUUUAAUUAAUAACAAUAAUAGGUGUAGUGCGUAGUGCGCGAGGCCAGUGUCGUGCGAGAGCUAGUAACCGCGAGAGUUUAGAGUGUACGCGUCCGCUGCUGAGCUAGACCAGCAACAAGCCCGGCAAGUCGAGUCUCGUGUGUCCGCUGAUCCGGCUUAAACGUCACGCUCGAUCCGCUCCGGCCGUCGAUCAGCUGUUUAAUCCUCUCCCGCGGGUUCGCUGUUUUGCUCCUAGGGAUCACUGGCAGACGUAUCGGUCAUAGAUCGAACACCUAAUCGGAGCAUCCUUUGCCGUGUUUUGAAAUCUACCCGAGUGCGGUGAUACGCAUUAACUUGGAUAAGGCCAGCAUGCUUAAGCCGUUGUAAAGGUGUGUGAACAAGAUCAACAGAAGCGGAACGAAACGAUCACUAUGACCCAAGUGCAGUGCUAAUUACGCAAAUCAAUGAAUGGGCCAGCCGUGUAGAGCAAGUGAUAUCUGAUGACACCUCCUGGAGUUCAGUGAUAAAGUGUCACCUAGGAACGGGUUGUGGGUUGAUAGCUAAACCCCCAAAAAAAGAGUUGUAACAGUGUGUUGCUAACAACCAGUAGUGCUGUGAAGUGUGAUAAAUCAGUGAGAUCAAGUGUUUCCCGAACAAACCCCAGUGAGAAUACAGAGAAUUUUGUGGUGACCAGUCCAGAGAAAUAGCCGUGAAAAUUUUUCCCUUCGGAGAGCUGCAUUCGUCGAUCGGGAGCCCCGGAAAUCCUACAGCACCAGCGCCGCCGCCUGCCAUCAUCGGUUCCCCAGAUCAGCAGCAGCAAAAAAUUAGCACCGUGGCGCUACACUCGACUGAGGCCCUGAUGGCGGGCUUUCUCAAGUCAACCGAUCUAGGUCCGCACGGUCCGCACGGAUACGGCAGUUCGCACCAUCCGCAUCAUGCCCAUCCGCACGGACCGCUGCCGCCCGGAAUGCCUAUGACAUCGCUUGCCCCGUUCGGCUUGCCCCACGGGCUCGAUGCUGUAGGAUUCCCGCAAGGUAUGUGGGGUGUAAACCCACGGAAGCAGCGGCGAGAACGAACGACCUUCACCCGGGCUCAGCUGGACGUUCUGGAGUCACUGUUCACGAAAACGCGCUACCCGGACAUCUUCAUGCGCGAGGAAGUUGCCAUGAAGAUCAACCUGCCCGAAUCCCGAGUACAGGUAUGGUUCAAGAACCGACGGGCCAAGUGUCGGCAGCAGCUUCAGCAUCAGACCUCCUCGAACCUCAACAGUAGCAAAACGUCCAGCAGUUCAUCCAGUUCGUCCACGCGGCAAUCCAACGCCGGUUCUUCAUCGUCAUCAAACAAUAACAACGCAACAGCCAGCGGUGCCAGUAGUAAUAAGUCUUCGUCGAUCGCCAAUGCGAACAAUAAGCCCACGAUCAAACACACGCCUAUGAACAACCACAAUAGUGCGUCUAGCGGUGUCGGCAGUGGGGGCGGAGCUAACGCCAGCAAUACUGGUCCGAGCAAUCAUUCGAGCAGUCAUAACGGUGCUAGUCUAGGAAUAUCCCAUAGUAAUGCCUCACCGAUCCUUCCCAUUACGCCAUCAACCUCGGUGAGUCCACCGAUCAAUGUGAUUUGCAAAAAGGAGCAACCGUCCUUCCACCACGCCGCUAACAACGAGUCGAUGAAGGCUGCUUCUGGCUAUGAUCUCCUGAAAGACCCCGAGUUAAGCCUAUCUCACCACACGCCAGCCUAUGUAAACAUCAACUCUCGGUUAGGUCAGUCAUUGGGCUCCGGUGGGGCAGGCGUGUCAAACGGGACCUCUGCGGGUAGUCUGACGCCUCUAGGAUCAAGUUCAUCGAUAAUGACACCAUCACCUCCAACCACCCCGCAAACCUCACAUAAUCCCCUGUCGUACGUGCCAAAUCACGAAACGUACAAUUUCUGGCACAACCAGUACCAGCAGUAUCCGAACAACUACAACGCGCCAUCCUAUUACAGCCAGAUGGACUACUUCCAGAACCAGAACCAGAGCAACUACAACAUGGGCCACAGCGGUUACACGACAUCGGCCAACUUUGGGCUGGCAUCGACUUCGGCCCUCACCGGACCCAUGGGAGGACAAACGUUCAGUCCCAAUGGGUUAGAUUAUAUGAAUCCCCAGGACAAAUAUGUAAACGGUAUGGUGUAAAUGAGCCCCGGGUUGUUAAUCAUAAGUUCCCAUAUCACACGACAACGAUUUAGUAUUGGGGAAAAUGUGUUGCCUUAAUUUGUUUUUAUUUGCAAAAUCUGUACGGCGACUGAUGGAGAAGGAAGAGUGUUUCCUUCAACUGGACUUUAUUCCUUCAUUUCCGCAUUUACUAAUUUAAUUUCAAAUUCUAUUGAAAUGGUAUAAAAUCCUAUCUAACAAUUUUUAUUUUUUCGUGUUGUUUCAAAGAUAUAUCUCUUAUGUAGUCCACUAUGUUGCAAGAAAUACAAAUUCUUCCUUUCUCUGAGAAGUUGUAGCGUCGUAUUCAAGGUUUACCAAUCACCCCCAAACAAAAAAAAAAGCUAUCACAUUCCAAUUCCGCCAGUCUUCUCACAACCAUAUCAUAUCGAGCGAACGAUAAUCAACCGGCUCGUUACCCUACUUGUUUAAUGUUAUUACUGCUAAACUGUGUUUGAGUUGGUCUUUUCAAUUCAAGAAAAACCAUUUAUUUAUUCGUUAGGCUGCCAUAGGACGGACGAACAAGUUGGAACCUUGGUAAAUGAAACUUCGGACGUUUCUGGGGGCUUCGACAGUUAGUGUAAAAAGAAUCAUAGUGAAUCAAUCAAAAUUGAGGAUGAAUCGAUAUCAAAUUGUUCAUAUCAGUAUUUUUUUUGAUAGGAUCAAAAAAGUGAACGCAAGUAUUUAAAACAAGUGAAGCGAAGGAAGGAAAGAAGAACAUCAUACAUCGAUUUGCAAGCGCCAAAUGUGUUACAAAAGUCUCCUUAUAAGAAAAUUUAAACAAUGCAAAAGUUUAUCGCAAGCAGGUGUCAGUCCAUUUGUGGAGCUCGAUCUGCUUCAAGCAAUUCCCGCACCAUCACCAUGGACGAGAACCAAGUGUAACACAUCAUGCAAACAUACAAAAAACAAACUGAUAUUAAAAAAAUGCUCACUCGUGUGUAGGAUAGUUAAGGCACCGCUGAACAAACUACGGUGAGAGAAAUUGUGCAAUUUAUGUUCGAGAAGGGAAAACAAAACGAAGUGAUGAUGGGAUAGGGGUUCUUUACCAGUGGGCAUGAUUUUGUGUGCUCAGUAUUCGCGUAUUCUCGUUUCCUCUCGCCAGUUAGCCGAAAUACUCAAGCAAGACUUGAUUCGUUUUAUUAGUGUUUGCUGAAAAGAUAUUUUUUUCAGUCAUAUUUUUUUAAAACCAUCAUUUUAAAGCCACUCCAUUGAAAUGCAUGGAAAUGCAAAUGGAAAAUCCACGAUAAGAUUUUAGGUAAUACUUAGCAUUAUACGAUUAAAUGAAAAUAAAGAGCCCUUCAAAAUGCUAUAUAGUUGUACAUGAACCGCUGACUUAGAGAUAAUGUAAGCAAAUGCGCACUCCCGUUCCCAAGGGAGAUCGCUAACAAGAGGUUAUCGAAUCAUGAAGCAUGCAAAAAAAACUCAAAAGCAACAUAAUGGUUACACGACGAGAGAAAAUGAUUGCUAAUUCAUGGAUAAAUAAGAUAUUGAUCGGAUAAUCUCCUAUUGUACAUAGUAAAGCGAAAUAUUAUAAAAUUAUAUUAUCUCAAAAUAAAAAAAAUAUGAAAGUAUAUUA